AAUUGGACCAAUCGGACGCGGCGUAGGGGGCGGGACUUAUAGAGCUGGCAAGUGGCUGCUUUCUUGCCGACCGUUUCUACAUAAGAGAUGCUAACAGCAGAAAGCAGCAUCAAGAAAAAUCGCUUGUAUUAAUCGGUAAACCGAGACACCAUCGCGAUGGGAUUACUGACUAUUCUGAAGAAGAUGAAGCAGAAAGAGCGGGAGAUGAGACUACUGAUAUUGGGCUUGGACAACGCGGGGAAAACCACAGUGGUGAAGAAGCUGAAUGGCGAGGACGUCAGCACCAUCCCGCCGACACUUGGCUUCAGGAUCAUCACGUUGGAGCACAGACACUUCAAACUGAACAUUUGGGACGUGGGCGGUCAGAAGUCUCUGCGCUCGUACUGGAGGAACUACUUCGAAAGCACAGACGGGCUGGUGUGGGUGGUGGACAGUGCGGACAGACAACGCAUGGAGGACUGCAAGCAGGAGCUCCACAAGCUGCUGCUGGAAGAGAGGUUACUAGGUGCUACUUUGUUGGUGUUUGCCAACAAGCAGGACUUACCUGGUGCUUUGUCUAAAGAUGCAAUCCAAGAGGCUUUGGGCCUGAACGAUAUCAAAAACCACCACUGGUGCAUCAUUGGCUGCAGUGCAGUGACGGGACAAAACCUUCUGCCAGGAGUGGACUGGUUGCUAGAAGAUAUCGCUGCUAGGAUCUUUACUGCAGACUGAAAGACUAUUACACUUCUGAUGAAGCUUUUCAUACAUAAUGCAAAGUGAUUUAUUACAUAAAGUGUUAUAUGCCAUUAAAAUAACCCAUCCAUCCAUCUUCUACCGCUUAGUCCAGACCUGGGCAUUCUGCGGCCGCGGGCCGCAUCCGGCCCUUUGUACGUCACUGUCCGGCCCGCGUGAGGCCAAUUAUAAAUUACAAAAUAAAUUUUAAAAAGUAUAUAUUUCGAGUGUGCAAUACAACAGUGCUGCUUUUGUUUUGAAAAGCGUUAUUUGUAUUACUUCCGUGUGGACGUAUGCUCG